CAAAUAUUUUACACCCCAAACCUAAGUUUCCCCCUCUCGAAUUUUCUAACGGAAAAGGGGAUAAAUACACUAGAAUUUAUCUAUUUCUCGCCGAGGAAAUGUCCGAUCCUGAAACCACCACCGUUACAGCUGCUGCUCACGAGGAGUCCCCGGCAGUAAUGGAGCCCCAAGGCAAAGCUCAAGAUUCGAAACCCGUGGAUAUCAAAGAGACGGAGAAGCUCAGCAACGUUGUGCUGCAAAUAUGGCCGCCCACUCAGCGCACUCGUGACGCCGUGAUAAAGCGCCUUGUGGAGACUCUGUCAUCGACGUCGGUGCUCACCAAGCGGUACGGUAAGGUCCCGGUGGAUGAGGCGUCUGUCGUGGCGAAGUCUAUUGAAGAAGAGGCCUUCUCGAUGGCGGAUGCUUCAUUCUCCCUCGAAAGCGACCGCAUCGAGAUUCUGCUGGUCUACUCUAAGGAAAUCAGCAAGCGCAUGCUCGAUACCGUCAAGGCCCGGCCAGGAGCCGCUGCUCCUUCAGCUUCUGCCGCAGUGGACUCCAGUGGUGAAGAGGUUCAUUCCGCCUCUGUUUCAGCAGACGCUUGAGUUUGGGGAUUCUCGUCUCUCUCACUCUCUCUAGGGCUUCUUGGUUUAGAUUGAUAUGCACUCUUUCUAUUUUUCCAGAAUGUUCGUAAAUUGAUUUGUUCGACAACACCUACUAAUGAUACAUGAUACUUCCUUGCCAAGGCAACUCCAGGUUGCAGAUUCAGCAUUUUAGGAUUGUUCAGUCAUCAAGUCUAUAAUGACAAGUGCUCUUCUAGGAUUUAACAUGAUGCUCUAUUUGUAAUGGAUGUAUUUGUAUGGAAGAGAAAUGUUCUUUUGUAGAUAUGGAUAUGCUAAUAUCCUUGCUAGGUGGUCAAUUUGGGUGGAUGUAACCAAAGCCUAACCCAUCUUGGUAAAUCCUAUCUGCGUCAUAAUUGCCUUUAA